AAGUUGAGUUCUACGAUGGCGACGACCGCAUCGUGUCCUCCUUCCGCUCACCCGAUUCGCAUCACCACCUCCACCGCCGGAGCGCGACUGACCUCUGCUUACGGGAGCAGAGCCGGCCACGCCGCCGCACGACCGCCGCUCCCCACCAUGGCGAGGGCUCCGCUGCCGCUUCCGCGCGCGCCGCUGCUCCGGCGGCUGCUCCUGGCGGGCGCGCUCGCCGCGUCCUGCUCCUGCUUCCUCCUCGUGCUCCAGGCGCAUGCCUCCGCGCCGCCGCCGCGCUACGACGGCUUCGCCUACGGCGGCGCGGGCUCCUGGAAGGACGCCGUGGUCGUCGAGGCCUUCCUCGACCCGCUCUGCUCCGACAGCCGCGACGGGUGGCCCCCGCUCAAGCUGGCCGUCGAGCGCUACUCCCCGCGGGUCUCGCUCAUCGUCCACCCCUUCCCGCUCCCGUAUCACACCUAUUCAUUCAUGGCCUGCCGUGCGCUUCAUAUAGCUAACCACUUGAAUUCGUCAUCAACCUAUCCGUUGUUGGAGCUAUUUUUCAAGAACCAGGGAAAAUUCUCCAACAGCGCGACAUCGUCAGUGUCGAGCACCGCUGUAACCGGCGCGAUAUCAAUGAUGGCAGCCGAGGCAGUUGGCAACUCGGUGUCCGAGUUCCAGUCAGGCUUCAGCGACUCGAGGUCCGACUCGGCAGCGAGGGUUUCCUUCAAGUAUGGGUGCACGAGAGGGGUUGCUGGUGCGCCCUUCUUCUUCGUGAACGGCUUCCUCCAGCCCGGAGCCGGAUCGCCCAUCGACUACGACACGUGGACCAGCAUCCUGGACCCCCUCGUCGGGCGGCAAGGCCAGAAGGUUGAGAUGUUCACUUCUGCUAUGUAGGAACUACAAGUGCCUUGUUAUGUGGAUGUUUAUCGAAGGAUGCCAGAGCUUGGUCACUGUUGUACAGACAGCCGGGUGUGUGUACAACACUGGUCAUUGGUCAAUACUAGCAUGUCCAUCUUGUCUGUGUUCUCUAUUACUUCUGUAUCAUGAAACUCUGUUUUCGGUCAGACGAAAGUGUCUAUUCUGUGUAGCUAGCGAUAAUAUGAAAUUAGAUUCGCGAAGAAAAAGAUGAAAUUGCUUUCCGGAUCGGAUAA